GGCAGCAUGCUCGGGCUCAGGUCACAUUCAGUGACGAUGUCUGGAUAGCAAGUCAAUAACAAAAUCUAACAAAUCAUCUGGACACAAGAUGGGGAACAUUCAACUUAGUCUUUUCAUGAUGCUGUAACAUGUCACACUUGACGUGUUACUGAUCAUCUCUUCACAGCACAUUUGGCUGAAUGUUAUGUAAUGCAGUGCUUUUGCAGUGUUUUGGAUCGAACAGUUCAUCGUCACAGAUGUCACAGAUUCUGCAACGGCACAAAAGAAACUGGAUCAUAGAUUCCUUUUUUAUCAAUGAAAGCUAUAAUGGACCUUUUCCGUAUUCACUGGGCAGGAUUCACAUUGAGAAGAACUUCAUCUUAUUCCAGAUAGAGGGACAAGGUGUCAAUGAUGAACCAAAGGGUAUAGUACGAAUCAACGAAUACACAGGAGAGCUCACUGUCUACGGCCCUGUGGACCAUGAGAAAUUUAAGAGUCUAAAGCUAAAGUUUCUGGCCAGGAAUAAAGCCAGUGGCUUAGUAGACACGCGGUUGAGCAUUGAAAUUACAAUUAUAGAUGAAAACGACAACGCUCCAAAAUUUGACAUGGAAAUUUACCAGAUCACCAUAGAGGAGUCAACCACACAAGGCACUGAUGUGAUCACCAUCAAGGCAACAGAUGAAGACGACAGUGAAAGAAAUCACAAGUUUGAUUUACGAAUCGUCUCCAUCACUCCUAAACCCCAAGACCUGGAGUUCUACCUAACCCAGGCCCCUGGAAGUCAGUUUGGAAGGAUUUCAUUUAAAGGCUGCCUGGACCACGAGACAGCAGAGAAAUACACCAUCAUAGUAGAGGCCAAAGACCGUGGACUAAUACAGCUCUCCAGCUCCUGCACAGUCAUAAUCAACAUCAAAGAUGGAAACAACCACCUUCCCCUGAUCACAAAACAAACUGGCCCAGCGACUGUCAAAGAGGGACAAGAAAACGUUCUGGUUAAACGCCUGCAAGUCACAGACGGCGACACAAAAGGUACGGAAGCCUGGAGGGCCAGGUUUCAGAUCCAAGGAGACGCAAACGAUGACUUUAACAUCACUACAGAUGCCGACACGAACGAGGGACUGCUCUAUGUAAAAAAGCAACUGAACUUUGAACUUGGUCGUGUAAGGAACGUCUCGGUGGCCGUGGAGAAUGAGAUCCCCUUCCACUCCUGCAAAGUGGAGAGUCGCAACGCCAUUGGUCUGUGGGGAGUGUCAAUCACCAGCAGCUCGACCGGCGCGUCGGGGGGGCGGGUCCGUCCCGCCACCUCCACCGUGACGGUGACUGUGGAGGAUGUAAACGAGCCUCCGGUCUUCGAUCAACCGAACAAAGUUGUUCAUGUCCUGGAGAACGCUCAUCCAGGGCAGUUUCUGUGGAAAUUCACGGCCACCGACCCCGAUGUUGCGAGUGUAAACACAGUUGUGUACCGAAAGGGACGCGAUCCAGCCGGUCUCGUGAAGGUGGACCGUGCUACGGGAAACAUCACCCUGGUGAAGGCCAUAGACCGAGAAUCCCGCUAUGUGAAAGACAACAUGUACGUGGCCUCGGUGUGCGCCGUUGACAACGGGAAGCCCCCCAUGACCAGCACCGCGACCCUCAGCGUGUACGUGGCGGACGAGAACGACAACGCUCCGUUCCUGAACGCAAGCGUCGUUGACAUGUGUCGGUCCGAUGGCGCCUCCCGGGCCACGGUCACAGCUGUGGACCUGGACGGGGAGCCCUACGGCGGCCCUUUCACCUUCAGGCUCCUCGGUGACGUCGAGGGGAAGUGGAAGUUGGACCCAGAGCAAGGGUAUUCGGUCCGCCUGGUGAAGGAGAACGCGGUUUAUUCUGGGCGCUUUGAGCUGUCGCUGGAAGUGUCCGAUCUCCAGGGUAAAGCAGCUGUUCACAGGCUGGCGGUGACGGUGUGCAGCUGCUUAGACGCCGCACAGCCCAACUGUCGCGUGCGCAAACCUAGAGGCUCCGCGGCGGGACACGCAGCGGCGGGGACUAUUAUACUGAGCAUAAUACUGUUUGCAGGCUUAUUACUUUUGGCUUUCAUGGUGUCAUGUAAGAAGAAAAGUGUGAAAUUCGACAUUGAGGAUUCAGCACAACAUCUGAUAAAAUUUAACACUGAGCAGCUGGGGACUGACUGCGAAGUAAAUGUUGUUGUGAGCGACACAUACAGAGAAAAUGCACAAUCAAUCCAAACAGCAGCUCAAGUAAUAAUGAAGCAACCGCAGCCUCCAUAUUCAUCUACUGAUAGAGAAAUGUGCGGCGUGGCCCAACAUGACGUCACAAACACCGGCAACUUUGUGCGACAGUGGGUUUCUGGCUCAGAAACGAAUGUAUCGUUUAUUCGCAGACAUCCUUCCCGCUGGUCCAUGGGUGCAUCACCAGCCUCCGGAGCCAGAACGAGGCUUGAGCGCAGACCUUCUGCGCGCGAGAAUAUGGUGGGACACAAGAAAUACUCGCAUCCCGCUAAAUAUAAAGACAUAACGGCACUCAGACACCAAGCGUGUCUCCGAAUCAAUAAGAAGUUGAACUUGCUCCAGGCAGCAGAAGCGCAGCGGGGUGAUUAUGCUCCACGUGUUUAUGCUGAGGAGGGAGAUGCGGGGACCAGUGAUGAGCUUGACGCCAUCUCCAAUCCAGACAGUUCCUUUAACUUGGACUUCAACGAGGACUCUGACGUCAUGUUCCACAAGCUGGCUUCAAUGUGCAUGCCCAGCCAGACCACUGCAUCCAGUGAUAGCCCCCCCCCAACUGCAACCUCAGCAACCAUCCCAGUAAAAGGCCAUAAAACCUGACGUCACACCCCAUCACAUCUGCAACGUCAUCAGUCUUAAAUCUAAAAUGUUGUUAUAAAAAAUAAAAUAUUGUUCACUUUC